AUGGCCUCACGAGCGCUCCUGCCAAAGCUCCUGCUCCUCCUGCUCCUGCUCCUCCUGCUCCUGCUCCUCCACACCUGCGCAGAGACGACGACCUCAUCGCCCCCCUCCCCUCCGACCACGCCCCCCUCCCCUCCAACCACGCCCCCCUCCCCUCCAACCACGCCCCCCUCCCCUCCAACCACGCCCCCCUCCCCUCCAACCACGCCCCCCCGCCUCUCCACCACCACCACCACCUUCACGCAAAACGAAACUCCAACCGCGACUUAUCUGCGGUCCUCCCCUCUCACCUCCGCCCCACCGCCUCAAACCUCCACCCGGAGCCCUGACCCUGGGACCGCUCCAUCACUGGCCUCCGCCCCACCGACCUCCCCCGGCAACACGACAGACAAGCCCCAAGCCUCCACCCAGAGCCCUGACAACGGGACCGCCACAACUCCACCUGGGUCCACCUACACCCAGGACAUAAGCCAAACCAGCCCAACCACCAACUCCACCAGCCCGGAGAGCUGGCAGUCGGGCCUGGAGCACAGCCCUGGUCUGGUGUCUGUGCUGGUUCUCUUCUGCCUGGUGGUGGCGCUGUGUCUGGUGGUGCUGCUGGUGCAGUGUGUCCAACACAUCAGAUCCAUGUCCCGCUUUGAGAGGCUCCAUGACGUCCCUAUGGGCCCAGUGAAUGAAGAGUCUCCGUUCGCUCAUUUCUCUAAAUGACACUCGUCUAAUGUCGCCUGAAGGAGAAACAACCAAAUCUGCACAAAACGCCAGUCCUGGUUUAGUCCUGCUUCAGUCCUGGUUUAGUCCUGGUUCAGUCCUGGUUU